UGGGCGACGGUGACGAAAGGGCAGUGCGCGGGUGACAGCGCUGGCCUCUUCCUCUCCCGCGGCCGCCUUCCCCCGGCCUGGCCGAGGGGGAGGAACCUGAGCUCUGACUCUGCUCGUGGAGCCUCGUCGAGCUGCCCCAGGUCUCGAGCCUCUUGUUCCCUGGCGUGGUAUCCUGGCCUCUCGUUUUCUUUCAAGUCCCCUUCCUUUUCCCUCCCAGGGGGCCGCCCAGACACCCAUUUUUAUGGUGAACGCUGAGCCGCGUCUGAAUUCUACUCUCCCGAAUAUUUCCACUCCGCCCUGGUGCGCCCGAGCGCGAUCAGGGUUUCUGUCAAGGCUCCAGCGCGUCUCAGUUCUGGCGGGCGCGCAGGGUGUGAGGGUGUGUGUGUGUGCGUGUGUGUGUGUGUAGUGUGAGUGUCAGCGCACACGUAGGGGGCUGACAGCCUGCAACUUGGAGACUUCGGUCAGGGCUGGCGUUAUCGGGUAGGAGUGGGCGUGUCGGAGGGAGAACUCAACAGGUCUGUACACAUUUCUCUUUUAACCUCGCACUUUUUUCUCCCCUCACCCCCAAGAGGGUUUGUUCUUUGGCGCUUGGCAGCAUUUCGCGCCUGACGUUUUUUAAGUGGCUGCUUUUCGAAAAAGACCCUGACGGUAAUCGUCUUCUGGUGCGGUUUUUGACAAGCGCGUUUGACGAUUGAGGUUGCAGACUUGAUAAUGGCAGCCUUGUCAUACCACGUAAGACCCCUUGGCAUAGUUCAUUAAGGCCGAUUAACGUGCAGCGUUAUUUGCGAUUUAAACUGGAGGAUACAGUCAUUGGAAGGAUCGUUUCGUUUUAUAAGCAGAUAUUCACUGAUGGACCCCAAGGAAUCAUUAAGCCCACCCAGUAGAGAAGAAAUCCCCAGCAGUGUGCUUGGUCGGGAGAGGGGAAAUGUGAUGGACUUCUAUAAAACCCUAAGGGGAGGAGCUACUGUGAAGGUUUCUGCAUCUUCAUCCUCACUGGCUGCUGCUUCUCAGUCAGACUCUAAGCAGCAACGACUUUUGGUUGAUUUUCCAAAAGGCUCAGGAAGCAAUGCGCAGCAGCCAGAUCUGUCCAAAGCAGUUUCACUCUCAAUGGGACUGUAUAUGGGAGAGACAGAAACAAAAGUAAUGGGAAAUGACCUGGGAUUCCCACAGCAGGGCCAAAUAAGCCUUUCCUCUGGGGAAACAGAUUUUCGGCUUCUGGAAGAAAGUAUCGCAAACCUCAAUAAGUCGACCAGUGUUCCAGAGAACCCCAAGAGUUCAGCAUCAGCUGCUGUUUCUGCUGCCCCCACAGAGGAGUUUCCAAAAACACACUCCGAUGUGUCUUCAGAACAGCAGAAUUUGAAGAGCCAGACCGGCACCAAUGGGGGCAAUGUGAAGCUGUAUAACACAGACCAAAGAACCUUUGACAUUUUGCAGGAUUUGGAGUUUUCUUCUGGGUCCCCAGGAAAAGAGACAAAUGAGAGUCCUUGGAGAUCAGACCUCUUGAUAGAUGACAAUUGUUUGCUUUCUCCUUUGACAGGAGAGGAUGAUCCAUUCCUUUUGGAAGGAAACUCGAAUGAGGACUGUAAGCCUCCUGUUUUACCGGACACUAAACCUAAAAUUAAAGAUAAUGGAGAUCUGAUCUUAUCAAGCCCCAGCAGUGUAACACUGCCCCAAGUGAAAACAGAAAAAGAAGAUUUCAUUGAACUCUGCACCCCUGGAGUAAUUAAGCAAGAGAAACUGGGCCCAGUUUACUGUCAGGCAGGCUUUUCUGGGGCAAAUAUAAUUGGUAAUAAAAUAUCUGCCAUUUCUGUUCACGGCGUGAGUACCUCUGGGGGACAGAUGUACCACUAUGACAUGAAUACAGCAUCCCUUUCUCAGCAGCAGGAUCAGAAGCCUGUUUUUAAUGUCAUUCCACCAAUCCCUGCUGGUUCAGAAAAUUGGAAUAGGUGCCAAGGAUCUGGAGAUGACAACUUGACUUCCUUGGGGACUUUGAACUUCCCUGGUCGAUCUGUCUUUUCUAAUGGCUAUUCAAGCCCUGGAAUGAGACCAGAUGUAAGCUCUCCUCCAUCCAGCUCCUCAGCAGCAGCGGGACCACCUCCCAAACUCUGCCUUGUGUGCUCUGAUGAAGCUUCAGGAUGUCAUUAUGGGGUCUUGACUUGUGGAAGCUGUAAAGUCUUCUUCAAAAGAGCAGUGGAAGGUAGACAGCACAAUUAUCUUUGUGCUGGAAGAAAUGAUUGUAUCAUUGACAAAAUUAGAAGAAAAAACUGCCCAGCAUGCCGUUAUCGAAAAUGUCUUCAAGCUGGAAUGAACCUGGAAGCUCGAAAAACAAAGAAAAAGAUAAAAGGAAUUCAGCAGGCCACUACAGGAAUCUCACAAGAAACCUCUGAAAAUCCCGCCAACAAAACAAUAGUUCCUGCAACACUGCCGCAACUCACGCCCACCCUGGUGUCACUGUUGGAGGUCAUCGAACCUGAGGUGUUAUAUGCAGGCUAUGACAGCUCUGCUCCAGAUUCGACAUGGCGGAUCAUGAGCACGCUUAAUAUGUUAGGCGGGCGGCAAGUGAUUGCAGCAGUGAAAUGGGCCAAGGCGAUACCAGGAUUCAGGAACUUACACCUGGAUGACCAAAUGAUCCUACUGCAAUAUUCAUGGAUGUUCCUCAUGGCAUUUGCCCUGGGAUGGAGAUCAUAUAGACAGUCAAGUGCAAACCUGCUGUGUUUUGCUCCUGACUUGAUUAUUAAUGAGCAGAGGAUGGCUCUACCCUGCAUGUAUGACCAAUGCAAACACAUGCUGUUUGUUUCCUCUGAGUUAAACAGGCUUCAGGUAUCUUAUGAAGAGUAUCUCUGCAUGAAAACCUUACUGCUUCUCUCUUCAGUUCCUAAGGAAGGUUUGAAGAGCCAAGAACUAUUUGAUGAAAUCAGAAUGACCUACAUCAAAGAGCUAGGGAAAGCCAUUGUCAAGAGGGAAGGAAACUCCAGUCAGAACUGGCAGCGGUUUUAUCAGCUGACUAAACUCUUGGACUCCAUGCAUGAGGUGGUUGAAAAUCUCCUUCACUAUUGCUUCCAAACAUUUUUGGAUAAGUCUAUGAGUAUUGAAUUCCCAGAGAUGUUAGCUGAAAUCAUCACCAACCAGUUACCAAAAUAUUCAAGUGGAAAUAUCAAAAAACUUCUGUUUCAUCAAAAGUGACUGCCUUAAUAAGAAAGGUUGCCUUAAAGAAAGUUGACUUUAUAGCUUUUAUUGUACAAACUAUCAAUUUGUCCUAUAGGAGUUUUGUUGGGUUUUGUUUAUGUCUGGGUUUUGUUUUUGUUUUGUUUUAAAUACGCACUACAUGUGGUUUAAAGAGGGCCAAGACUUGGCAACAAAAGUAGUUGAGCCAUCACUUUUCAGUGAUGGGAAAAGUAGGAAUUGAUAGUUGGUGGAUCCCAGAAAUUAGAAACAAUGACAUGGGGAUAAUCUCCACUGUUGGAGAAGGAUGGCACCCAAACCACCAGUGCCCAAGUCUGCGUAAUGAACUUUCUGCUCAUACUUUUCACAGUUGGCUGGACAAAAUUUUCUAGACUUUUUGUUGGUGUAUUUUCCCCUGUAUAGUUAGGAUAGCAUUUUUUGAUUUAUGCAUGGAAACCUGAAAAAAGUUUACAAGUGUAUAUCAGAAAAGGGAAGUUGUGCCUUUUAUAGUUAUUACUGUCUGGUUUUAACAAUUUCCUUUAUAUUCAGUGAACUACACUUGCUCAUUUUUUCUUACAUAAUUUUUGUAUUCAAGUUAUUGUACAGCUGUUUAAGAUGGGCAGCUAGUUCCUAGCUUUCCUUAAUAAACUCUAAACAUUAAUCUUCAGUGUGAAAAUGGGUUGGUGCUUCUAACCUGAUGGCACUUAGCUAUCAGAAGACCACAAAAAUUGACUCAAAUCUCCAGUAUUCUUAUCAAAAAAGCUCAUAUUUUGUAUAUAUCUGCUUCAGUGGAGAAUUAUAUAGGCUGUGCAAAUUAACCGUCCUAACUGAUGUAGAGCACCUAGUCCAGUGACCUGCUGGGUAAACUGUGGAUGAAGGUUGCAAAAGACUAAUUUAAAACAAAAAACUACCAAGAGGCCCUGUUUAUAGCUGGCAAACUAUCUUUCAGGACCUUUUGUUGUAGUUUGUAUAACUUUUUAAAAGUUAUGAUUCCAGAUAACCAGCUGAAACACAGCUAAGAGAUUUUAAUCUGAUCAAUUCCUCUCACUAAACUUCCCCAAAAUAAAUCUCUAAUAUGGCGAAAGUGGCUAGACACCCAUUUUCACAUUCCCACCUGUCACCAAUUGGUUUAUCUUUCCUGGUGGUACUUUCAGGAAAGCUCAGCUACUGAUUUCUGUGAUUUAGAACUGUAUGUCAGACUUCCAUGUUUGUAAAACUACACAUCCCUCACAUCCCUAUGUGUGCCAUAGAGUUUAACAAAAGUCUUGUGAAUUUCUCCUCACUGUCAAGAAUUAUCAUUUUAAACAAAAUAGAAGCUGUAGUAGCCCUUUCUGUGUGCACCUCACCAACUUUCUGUAAACUCAAAACUUAUAUUUACUAAGCCACAAGAAAUCUGAUUUCUGUUCAAGGUGGCCAAACUAUUUGUGUAAUAGAAAACUGAAAAUUAAUAUUAAAAGUAUGAAACUUCUAAUAUAUUUUUAUAUUUAGUUAUAGUUUCAGAUAUAUAUCAUAUUGGUAUUCACUAAUCUGGGAAGGGAAGGGCUACUGCAGCUUUACAUGCAAUUUAUUAAAAUGAUUGUAAAAUAGCUUGUAUAGUGUAAAAUAAGAAUGAUUUUUAGAUGAGAUUGUUUUAUCACGACAUGUUAUAUAUUUUUUGUAGGGGUCAAAGAAAUGUCGAUGGAUAACCUAUAUGAUUUAUAGUGUGUGCGAGCAUUCAUACAGGCAGCAAUGAUCUCAAAAACCAAACAGGUUUGCUCUAGGGGAAGAGAGAGAUGGAGACUGGCCCUGUGUGCAGUGACGGUUGCUGAGGCUCCAUCCCACUCAGAUCACAGAGGAAGUAAUCCUCUGCCUCCCAGAAUGACCACCUUUCUUAUUCCAACAGUGAGUCCACAUGGGUUUAGUUUACUAAAGUGUGUAAACAGGAGACAGAAAGGUGGUACUUACAACACGUACAGGCAUCGUUUAACAGCAGGGAUACUUUCACAUACAGCCUCUCCAACAGUCUAAUAAAAACAGAAGCUCUAGAAGUUGGGCAAUAAUACACAUAGAGGUAUCAGCAAUAUGUAAAUAGUGCAGAAUCUCAUAGGUUGCCAAUAAUACACUAAUUCCUUUCUAUCCUACAAGAGUUCAUUUCCAAACAAAUUGAGGACAUGUUUAUUUUCUUUGAAUGCUUUUUGAAUGUUAUUUGUUAUAUUUCAGUAUUGUGGAGAAAUUAUUUAAUAAAAAUGUAAUAAUUUGCUUUUUGAAUGUUCUCUAAAAGGGAAUGUUCCUUUUGUAAUGGUUUAAAUUAAUCUCAAAGUAUUUUAAGAAGGUUUGUAACCCAGCUGGAUGUGAACUUUUUGGUGUCUAAGAAAUACGGCUUGAAUAUGAUUAUCAACAACAGUGUUAAGUUUCAAAAAGAAGUCCUGAAAGGUAAAUUACUAUUCACUAGAAAGCAUGUCAUCACACAUUAAUCUUUUAGUCCCAACGACCUUGGCUCUUAAAAAAUAUAGCUCAGUGAAAAAAGAUAUGUGCACUUUGUUGUUAAAAAGAAAUCAACUGACAUUCAUAAAACUAGGGGAGGCUGCACAUCAACUGGAAAGGAAAAAGAAGCUGUGCCCUUUUUGAAUAUGUGGAAAAGUAGGUUAUCUUAAUUACAUUGUUCUUCUGAGAAUAAUUAUGGAUUUAAGUGAAAAAGGAUGGUGCUAUUUGAAAGCAGCUUCAUUUUCUAUGUAUGUGGUAUCUUGCUAUCCCAUACUAUUUAAGUUUGUAGUAACUUUAGUGAGAACUGGUGACAUGCCUAAGUGACUCAAAACAGAUUCUGAAAAGUAUUUUUAAUUACUGGUGGAAAAAAGUGACCUCGGUGUUUUUAGGCCUUGCUGUGGGAUACUAUACAAGCACUUUUGGGGUAUAUGUACCCAAUUAUCUAAAACUACAGGAGGGGAACCUAAAAGAGCACCUGCCUUCUCCUGAAAAAAAAAAUGGCACCCCAAAAGGAAAACUAAGAUGGUUAGCGUCUAUAAAGAGCUGAUAAUUAGCCUAGGAUUAGAUUAGUUCUGGAUGUGCAUAGAAAGGAAAGCCAACCUCACUUUAGACUGGGCGGUGGGGGGAGGGGAGCAAUUCCAUUUUACUUAACUAUACAACCUGUUAUCAAGUUGUAUCAUUUUAGUUCUCUGUUAAAUACCCUAAAACUACAUCAUACAGUGAUCAAUAUUAUACUUUGAUCUGUCAAAAUUCAAGAACCAUGGCAGCCUUCAGUGAGAUUUCAUGAUCAUGGUUGGUCAUUCAAAAGACUGUAGCUGUAGAUGAAUGUGUUUUUAUGUGCCUGGUUUGAGAGUUGGAAGGAGAAAUCAGUGUAAGGAGGACACUUUAACCACUUUGAGUGGAAGUUUUCAUCAUUUUCCAGACUAUUAUCAGCCUGGUCCACCAAGAAUUAGUGACCAGGUUUUUGGGAAAGGAUUAGCUUCGCUCUAGAAAAUGCCUGAAAGAAGGAUUUUAUUUUCUGAUGAAAAGCUGUAUGAAAAUACCCUCCUCAAAUAACUUGCUUAACUACAUAUAGAUUCAAGUGUGUCAAUAUUCUAUUUUGUAUAUUAAACAAAUGCUAUAUAAUGGGGACAAAUCUAUAUUAUACUGUGUAUGGCAUUAUUAAGAAGCUUUUUCAUUAUUUUUUAUCACAGUAAUUUUAAAAUGUGUAAAAAUUAAAACCAGUGACUCCUGUUUAAAAAUAAAAGUUGUAGUUUUUUAUUCAUGCUGAAUAAUAAUCUCUAGUAAAAAACGAAAUGUCUUUUUACCUACGCAGUGAAAUGUCAGACUGUAAAAUCUUGUGUGGAAAUGUUUAACUUUUAUUUUUCAUUUAAAUUUGCUGUUCUGGUAUUACCGAACCACACAUUUGUACUGAAUUGGCAGUAAAUGUUAGUUAGCCAUUUACAGCAAUGCCAAAUAUGGAGAAACAUCAUAAUAAAAAAUCUGCUUUUUCAUUA